AAAAUCUUCGCACCUGCCUUUACUCACUAGAGAGGUCAGCUGAAAUGACACAUUUAUAAAAUGUUAGUUAACAAAUAACAGACAUGUCAAAAUAUCGCGUUACGUUUACAUAGUUAAUAUAUGAUUGUGUUUGACAUAGCGAUUGCUACCAGAGGGAAGGAGGGAAUUAUUAUGUCGUAAAACUGCUUUGGAAUCAACAAAGGCUGAAACAGAAUCAACUGUAAGCAACCGUUGUUUGUUUUCGUUGACUGAAACCGACAAGUGCGAUGAAGUCUUCGACAAAGUGUCCAUUUUCGGUGACAACGACAUCAUGCAUAUUUCUAUGCAUAACAGUUUCACUGUCGAUGCUGUGCAUCUCAUUGUGGCUGACGAGUCAAGGACUAACCAACUAUGUUGAAUCUAUGAAGAUGAAACUGCAAGAAGAAGGUCAGAUUGGGAAGCGGUUAGCUGGUUCUCGGAGCAUUGUUGUGGAACCUACUCACGCGAGACCAGCCGAGCGACGGAUUGAUAAACAUUCCAGUGACGAUGAUGGGUUUUCAGACUCUUGGCAGGAAGUUCGCAAACAUCGAACUCGCUUAUUAACCCGAACAAUGUGCCAACAGGGCUUUUUUCUUGUGAUAAUCGUUGCAAGCUUCGCUGAGGCUUAUCAGAACAGAAUGGUUAUUCGUCAUACGUGGGGAACUGACAACGCUUUGCACCGGAAAUGGAAGACGGUCUUCUUGAUCGGCGAGGGUCAAAACGUUGCCAUGUCGGAUCGAAUUUCGCGCGAGGCGCAAAUAUUUGGCGACAUUAUUCAAGGUGAUUACAAAGAAACUUUCGACAAUAAAGUCUUCAAAGUACAAUCCGGCUUCGAAUGGGCCGCGAAAUACUGCAAUAACUUCCAAUACUUGUUGAAAACCGACGAUGAUGUUUUUGUCAACACCCGUGGGCUCAUUGACUUCCUGAGUGCAACUGGGUCGUCCAAUACAGAAUUUUAUUUCGGACAUCUAAUGCACGGUAGCCCUGUUCUUCGCACAGGAUAUUACGCAGUCUCAAAAGAGGAUCAUCCGGGGGAUUUCUACAAAGAUUAUAUAUCAGGCGGUGGGUAUGUGCUUUCGAAAGAUCUCGUUCUAAAAUUCACCCAAAUGUUCGAUGUUGUGAAGCCGUUGAAAAUCGACGACGCCUAUAUAGGAAUGCUAGCGGCAGAUAUUGGCGUCGAGCCGGUAUCAAGCUCAACUUUUAUUAUGUAUAAUGACAAUUCAUGUAAAGAUACUGAUCGCAUUUUACUCAUUAGACCCGUAAGUCACGAAUGCAUGGUCGAACUUUUCGAUGACACACAGAGAAAAAUUCUUUCACCACCCAAGGAGGACGUGAAGUACUGAAUAUAGUUUUUCACUUUCAUAGGUCUAUUUUAAAAUACACGUCUCUCUGACCUCAUGUGCAAUAGCGAAAAUGAAAAAUUUUUAUAUAAAACAAGUAGAGUAAUCUAAUAACGGUAUACAACGGGCAGGUAUGUUUUGCAGGUUGCAGGUUGACAAAUCGACUUUUAAGUCUGAGUGAGUCUGGUUAGCCUAAAUAGCACUCCGGUUAGCCUAAUUUAGCUUAGGUUGCUUGCGGUUAGCCUUUAUACUCAGGUUUAUUCGACUUCAACUCAAAUAAACAAGUCGUUUCAACCUGCAACCUGCAAUCUGCAAAAAAUAACUGCCGGUAUACAACAGCUCAGAAAAGGCCAGGAGCCUAAAACAAAUACCAGCGUGACAAUUACGUUAAAGUGGGUAAGUGAGUAAGAAACUUUAUUUACGUGUCAAAUACUUUAUCGCGAUAGGGACAAAUUGAGGACACAUUAUAAACUAAGAAUUACUAAAAAUUUACACUUCUAAUUGCUUGAUGGUUAAAAUACUUCAUACACUAAAGUAAAAAUGAUAAAGAUAUGUAACAAAUUUUUAAGUUUUCUCAAGCCGGAUUUUCUCAGCAACUGCUUUGCUUAAUUGCGUAUAGGUCAUUUUCGCUUGCAGAAAUACAAUUUUGUUGUAAAAGAAUAGAAUGAAUUAACUUUAUUUUAGAACAUAUUAGGUCUAUUUCAACAAACCGUCAAAAUUGCAGGUCCGCUACCAGUGAGAUUUUUCCAUAAAUUGAUUCUCGAGAAAUCACAAAGAGCAUACAACAUGAGAGUAAAUAGAAGAAUGAAAAUAACGAAGAGUUUA